AUGGCCGAGUGUAUGGCGGUGUGCAGCAAGUUCCUGAAAAAUAAUCUCAACGACGACAACGUCUGCCAAAACUAUGAGCUGGCAAUAAUUUUCAAACAAGAUGAUUUGAAGCGGCUAAACACGAAUGCUCUGCUCAAGUCAACUGGUUUCCUGUCAUGCGAUCAAAAGGUGUUGGCCGAGAUUUUGAGACUGAAUUGGUUGUCGUGCACAGAAGUCGAGCUUUUCGAAGCGUGCAUGUCUUGGGUCAAAACAACUGCCAGGAAGGACGAUUUAACCAAAGAACUGGUGCAAACUCAACUCGGUGCUUGGUUUUAUGUUUUUCGUUUUGGGUCGAUAUCACUGGGUGAGUUUUCUAAAUUGAUUCCAGCUUAUAGACAUCUGUUCGUGAGCCCUGAGUAUGCAAACAUCAUUCAAAUGAUUGCAGACAAAGAAUUUCAAGCGACAAUGUUCAAUGGGAAUCGUGAAAAACGCUCCGAUUCAGAGGGUUGGAAAAUGAAAAAUACGAUUUAUUGCAAUCGAUUGCUCUCGUUAAAUUACUCGACUGAACCAUACUUUAUCAACAAUUUGGAAACAACCAAGUUCUCCAGUAACGAACCACUUUUGCUAAAAGGUUUCGGUCUUGAUUACACUAGAGAGCAUCGUGACAAUGAAUAUAGUUUCUGUGAAGAUGUUCCAACAGAAAUAAGUAUAGUAGAGAUAGCCGGUUGCUACACAGUCAAAAAUAAAUGUCCAGAUUUAGGCGGAAUUUCGACUGGUAGAGGCGCCCAGUCCUAUAUUUUGCCUAGUAAACAGAGUUUCAGACGAAAUACCGACUAG